UCCUUCCUCCCCUCUCCCUGUCCCCCCACCCCAUCCUCACUGCCUCUGAGACUCAGAACGGGUCUGGAUACCUUGCUUUCCCACCCGGGGAGCAGGGCCGGUGAGGUGGGCUCGGCUUCUGUCCAGAGCAGCUGGGGGGCCGGGUGGGGGUCUGCGUGAGGCUCUGCAUCCCAGGGAGAGAACCGCCACCUUGACCCUCCCGAGAUAAGCGGCCGAGGUGGGCAGGGCGGGGGAAGGGGUUGGGAUGCCGAUGGCCCAACUCAGCUCAGAGGCGAGGCGGCGUCGGUGCGCGUUUGGGGCUCCAGGGGCAGCAACCCCGCUCUCGGAGGCCAGGCCCCGGGCUGCCAGCUCUGUCCUGACCUGUGUGCUCACAGCAGGGCUGGGAGGUCAGGGGGGCCUUCCCGUGCCAACUGGAGUGGGUUCGAUGGUGGCCCCAAAAUAUGUCUAUGUCCUGACCCUUGGAACCUGUAAGUGUGGCCUUAUUUGGAAGUAGGGUCUUUGCAGAUGUGACUGAGCUGAGAUCCCAAGGUGGGAUUAUCCUGGGUUACCCGAGUGGACCCUAAAUCCAAGCGUGAAGGGAGGGGCCAGACAGACCAGAGGCAGCCUCCCUGGGGGCCCCCGUUAUGAGGGCAGGUACCAGGCUGGCGGUAAGACCCCCGUGCACGCGUGUGCAGCGUGGGCGACGACAGCGGGAUGGAGGCCGGGGGCUGGGGGGGCCGUCCUGGAAGCUCAGACCCCGCAGGUCGCCUGCAGGGCCGUGUGGCCCCGCCCUAGCAGCGGGCAGCGGCCCCCGCGUCUGUCUGUCCCACCAUUUUCUCCCACAGGGCUGCCCCGCCCAGCGUCCCUUUCCUGCAGGGCUGGGGCUUUCCAGCCAUUACUCACCGCUUUCCCGGUGUCUGUCCAUCUGCGGCUGCUCUGACUUGCCUGGAGCUUUUCAUGUAUCUUCACGCUGCUUAUGUAAGGAGAACUUUACGCGUAACCAGGGGGGCUCUGCUGUCCCAGGCCUGGGGGGCUGCACCAGCUCCCUAGGACGCUGGCCAAAGUCCCCAGCGCUCGGACGGGUCCAUGCAGUGGGCGCCCAGCCUGCUCGCACCCCCCAUGCACCCCCUUUCUGCCUCUGCCUUCCUCCUUCCUCUCGUAAUCAGACAGCAACGCUAGGCCGAAGGGCAGGCCCACCCCACCCCCUGCCUGGACAACGAUGCUUCUGGGACCCCGAAAGGGAGACAGGGUGAGGGUCCUGCUGAGAGGCCAGGUAGGGGGUGUUGAGGCAAAAGCAGGCGGCUCGCUCGGGUGGGUCCCCCAGAAGCAGGUGCUGAGGCAGUAUUCCGGGACAGUUAAAGCGGGAGGUGACCCCAGCGCACCAGGAGGAGAGCGGGGCAGAGCAGGAGCCAGCAUGUCCCUGGGAGACCAGGCCACCUUGAGACUGAAGGAAGAGAGGUGUGGCCAAGGCCCAGCUCACGCUGCAGAAGCUGCGCUACAGAGAGGUGCCAAAGCAUCUUAGACGCAGCUGGCGGUGAGGGAAAAACACCUCCGCUUCCCCCAGGCUCAGCCUCGGGGUUCCCAGCAGAGCACGGCAUUGGCCACACCGGGCCACAGGGCAGCAGAGCCUGGGACCCCCAGCCUCUGGGGUCAGGUCUGCCCCGGGAGCCAGCCUUGGCGAGGGGGUCUGGGGGCUCACGGGCCCAGCACCUCACAUGCCCCGAGAGGCUGGGAAGGGAGGCGUCAGACGGGAGACCGCGGUCAAGGCCGCAGACUUCGCAGAGCCGAGCGUGCCUGGGCACGUGAGACGGUGGGGCUCCCUUUUCUGCAGGGGGCGGGGGCAGGCUGGCCGCGGCUUCCACCCUGGGGAGGCCCCACUCUUCCAGAGACGUCCCCUGUUUUUCCCUCGCCAGCGUCUCCGGAAGCCAGGGCUCUCCACUUCCCGAACACUCCAGGGGCCUCGCUCUUUUUUAUUCCCAAAUAGGAAGUCUCUGCAGCCCUCUGGCCAAAUAUGUGGGGAGAUGACUUCAUUUCACCCAGAGACUAACCGGCAGGAAGGUCGUGACCUAAAUGGACGAGGAGCUGAUAAGAAGCGGAGGAGAAAGGCAUCCGGGCCUCUUCCUGGGAACCAGCAGGAGUGUCCGGAUGGAGCACAGGAAAGCCUGGCUCAAGGAGCCCACAGCUUGUCCAAGACCACACAGCGGUCAGCGGGGCACCAGGCCUGAAUGCAGCCCCUCUGGCUCCCCUGAGAUCCAGCUGCCCGGGGAGGACGGAGGAGAGGCAGCGGCUCCCGGGGUCUGGACAGCGGGGGCACGGGUAUCGAGGCGACAGAGCUUGGCCGCGGCCACCGUCCCAGGACUACAAGGCGGGCGAGGCUUGUAAAGGAGAAAACCGCAAGGCUACAGCUAGUUACGCGAGUUGUUUAUCAAGAAUUACAAUUGGAUGUAAGUCAAC